AUGGUAGCUAUACAGGAUUCUCUGGGUGAUACGGUGAGUACUGUGCUUAUGUAUGUUUUUGACGGCGUCGUGAUACUGUACUUUGUCGCAUUUCCACUCACGACCGUCAUCUAUCAUCCGCAUGUUCAUUGUUUCCAAAGUCAUUCAUCACGAACAGCACCUCUGCCGGCCUCAUUGCUUCAAGGCAUUUGGUCGCAGACAUCGACGUUGGAGAGCAAUCUUUCUCAAGAAGCACCAGCUUCAGUUUCUCCACUACCGCUACCAACGGAGAACUCAUCGCAUUUACCACCACCCGCAGAGAAUCCUUCGUCUUCAGCGGUACCAGAAGCGGAGGAUGCUUCGCAUUUACCACCACUGGAACCAAUUCAAUAUCUCGAAAGUCCUCGACGAUCCGUUAGGACAAGCACCUUAGUCUGA